UUACAAUAUGGGACCUUUAAUGCUGAACAGUGACUCUGGCUAAGAUCAGCACAGUUGAUGUUGAAGCUACCUAUAUUCAGUUUACACACUGAAUACACACUUUAAUUUGUAGAGUUUACAUCAAUUGACUGCAGUGACAUAAUUAUUUUAAUAUCGUCUUUGUUAAUGUAGACAAGGUUUUGUCUAGUAAAUGACCAAAAUGAGGUGUUCUCCAGUAAAAGACCGUCAUUUUAAACGGAGGCACCAACAUGACAAAUCUGUUAUAGACAUGUCACAUGACACUAUUACAUGUAUUAGUAACUAUUUCUGUACAGAACCUUCAGUUUUUCUCUCCGCACAGCACAAAGAGAUGCUCAGCUCACUUCAUGUGUUUGCUCUCGGUGGUAAACUCGUCACCGGCCUUAUUAUCACGUGUUGCAUCAUGUCAGCCACAGGAAACUGGAGCCGGGACGGUGUCAGGAAAUGGCUCACCACCACUGUCACCGCGGAAGAUGCAAAGCGUGAGCCAGUACUGAAAGCUGCAGAGCCUCUGAGGAGGAACCCCAGCGGUGAGGAUGACCUGGUCCUGGGUGUGGAAGCGUCUUUAUAUGGUGGCCAGGGAGUGAGGACGGUUCAGGAGUUUCUGCGGUGGAGCAGGUCGAGUCCAGCUCUCAGCAGGUGGAACAGCUUCAGCUCAGCAACCUCAGGUCACUCUGGACCACUCAGUGUGAUGGACAUACUCAACCUGUGGAAGGAUGACCCAGAGGAGGUUCUGUUGGACCUGGGCUUUGGCUGUGACGAACCUGACCUCUCUGGACGCAUCCCGGCUCGAUUCAUCAAUCAUCAGUCUCGGGCGAGAGGAAUAAACCUCCAGGUGUUUCUGGAGGCCCAGAAGAACCGGCUGGACCUGGAGAACCCAGAUGUCAGCAAUCGUUUUAGAGAGCUUGAGGUUCUCCAGCAAGUAACUACAGCAUUCUCAUCCUUGGUGGGGUCUUCCCCCUCCUCCCCCUCCUCAGGGAAAGCCCUGCCUCCGGAGGCCCGGGAGAGGAGGAGGCGCGUGGGCAUGCUGUUCAGACGAGCAUCGAAGAAGUCGCUCAGCCAAAUCCACAGUCGUAAAAGCCAGGACCUAACCACGCCUGCUGCCAACGCGUCUCCCUGCGCCGCACCUGAGUCAGUGCAACCUCCAUUCAGCCAUGGAGACAAGAAAGUCCCCUUAAAGAGAGUCAAACCUGGACUUCUUCUAGAGACUGUGUGUCUGAGUCCUCUGGCAGAGGAGCAAGGAGCUGGUCCAGACCUUCAGCCCCAGCCUAACGUGGCUCCUUUGAUAGCCCACGAGGGAGCACUGAGACACGGGCCCCUGACGGAAGGUCACCCCAUGGCAGCCAACACGUUUUUACUGAGGAAGAAGAGCCCGGGGCCGACCAGGGAGUCAUUUGAAAUGGAAGAGAUCCAAAGUUUUGACGAAAGUAGUGCCACAGGGAACUACACAGGAGGAGCAGAACAUUCAGCGCGGGGUGUGAUCCGGACCAACAGCUGCCAGUCAGACAGCAGUGGUUUCCUGGAGGAGCCCUUCAUCCCCUCCCUCUCUCAGCAGGCGUCACCAGCACCUGAUCUCAUCAAGGCUCUGUCAGGCCUGUCAGGAGGCAGCAGUGAGAGGCCGGACUCCCCCUCUCCUUCUUCCCCUCAGACCCCUCCAUCUCUCCUGCUCUCCUCCUCUAUGACCGGUCCUUCACCACAGCCUUUGUUUGUCUUUAGCCCUUCCCCAUCUCCUGUCUCGCCGUGUCUCCCAAAAUCUGACCUGUGCAACUCAGAGACGGAGACGCCGCCAGAUCAGGACGAGUCUUCGCCUGCUUCGCUGCCUGCAUCGGCGUGUGAAGACCUUCCUCCUCGCUCUUCCUCACUGGAGGACGUGACUCACUCCCGUCAUCCAGAUCUCCCUUCUCCUGCAACCUUCAUCUCUCCGUCCCCGACGUCUGCCCCCAUGCAACUUGCCCCGGUGAUUAGAGGGUCGGAGGAGAUUGAAACUGAGGACAAGGAUGCUCCACCCGUCCACCUCUCUACUGUACUUCAUGAUUCUGAAGGCACAGGCCACUCUAGCUGUUCAAGUGUCCCUCCUCCUGCCUCGUCCCCCUCUCCCUCUAUGUCUUCUCCAAAGUCUGACUCCCCCUCUGGAAGUCCAGGGAACUCCCUCUCUGCUGCUUGUGGCUUAUCAUCUUUACCUCCCUCUGCCCCUCCUGAUUUUCAUUGUCCACGGUUUUUAGCCUCUCCGCCACUAAGCGAGUCCCUCUCACAGUCCGGGAGUCCAGAAAACAAUCAAAAAGAUUCCCUUAUCCCAGACUCAGAUGGAAUAGACCUCUCUGAUCCACCUACCGAUACACAAAAGGAAGAGGAAGAAACACCCUCCUCUCUCUCCUUUCAGUUGGACGAGGACAAUCCCUCGGCUCCAUCCUCUCCCGUUCUGGACUCCUCUGAAUUGGAAGAGCGCCCUCCUAACCCUCCCGUUGCAGUUUCUCAGCCUGCCCUGUCAUCACAGUCACAUGAUUCAGAUGGUCUGAUGGAUCCAGCUGUCGGGAGAAUUUCAGACCAGAUUGAGCAGUCCAUCUCCCAAUAUGAUGAUACAGCAGAGCCUGCUCCAGCCUCUCCUGUCCACGAUGUUAUUCAUGUUAAGACGAAUCACCUCUCCUUGGACUUUGAGGAUACCCAUCAGAGGAAUGGAAAGGGGGCGGUAAAGGUUGAGAGACAUGCUGACACUGUGCAGACUCAAGAGGCUGCUGUUUACAUCUCAGAUACAGAGAGUUAUGCAGGCCUGUCAGAAGCUUCUAGAUUAGUCUCUAAGGAAGUAUGUAACCAAACAGAAAUAGAUCCACAGCUCCCAUCCUGCAGUUUGCACGAUGAGCUUUCAACUGGAACCCAACCGGAAGAGAGUCAAAGGGAAGUAGUUAAUGGCUCAGAAAGUGAAUCACUCAGAAGUUCUUCAGUUUUACGUGACGAUGUGCCAGAGACACACAGUAGAACUGAAGUACAACCAAAAGAUCUAAUCAAGAUUGAGAGCUUGGAUCUGGUAUUUCAAACCUCAGUGGACGACUCGGAAAGUGACUACGGAGAUGUGGACGCCUUUUUUCAGCAGCUAGAUACUGAAGGGCGAGCCUAUUGGGCAGAACCCAUCCAGGUUUCCAAUCCAACACCUGGGCUGGAAGAGUCAGCCAGAUUUGAGGCCUCAGACGGAUCUCCUGAUCUCCCAGCUGUUCUAGAUUCAUCUUCAUCCACAGCCAGAGCUAUGCCUUUAUCUUCCUCAAGGUCAAUGGACACUGACCAGAUGUCACAAAAUGCAAUGGCCUCUUCCGAUACACCCUCCUCCUUGAGCCUAGCUCCAUCCCCACCCCCCAACGCAACCCCAGACCUCAAGUCAUUGAGCCGAUCUGUUUCUGUCCAGAUGUCUUCAUCUCCAUCUUCUCACAUUGUCCACAGGAAGGACGUUCCCUACACGACUGACUCAAAACGCACUUUUCCCCCAAGCGUUCGCCCUUUGGACACCUCCACCCCUUUCCGUGCCGUCCAGUCAUGGACAGACCUGCAGCUUCAACGAAACACUCUCACCAAGAAGUUAUCACAGGGGGCUCUUCAUACCGCCCCGGAGGAAGUCACCGUAUCCACAAGUGGCACAGAAACGAUACAAAGACCUACGCUGAACUUCACUUCGUCUCAAUAUGACUGGCAGUCACAGGACUGUCUCUCUGGGAUGACUAGAAGUAACCGUACUCUGUCGGUCUCCGUGGAUAAAGGGCUGUGGCCCGAUGAGGACGAAGAGGUGGAUUGGAAUGGACAUGAAGAUGAGGAGAAGCUUUGGGAAGGCAAUCAAACAGCCACCAUAGCAUGCUGCUGCUCCUGUGACCACCAGUGGACCUGCUGUACUCAGGACAAGCAACACACUCUGGGAGACGUCCCUUACUCUCUGGAUGAGUUGGAGGAGAUGAUGCUGAGUCUGCAGCAGUUUCGCUCAGUACUCAGUAACAUGGAGGAGCAGCUCUCUGAGGACCAGGCUGCAGUUUACAGCGCUCUCUCUGACCAGGACAGGGAGAAGGUCCAGGACAUAGAGGAGCUGAGGCGAGCAGUGAAACAGGAGGCUCGAGAGCUGGAGAUGCAGCUGAAUGAACUGGCCCAUCACUAUGACGACAGCUUGAAAAUGAAGAUGCACAGACUGUUGGAGGAGCAGUCACUGCUCUGCUCUCAACUCUUUCUACCUGGAAGGAGCCCCGCCUCCAGCAGGACAGUAGCCACUCAGAGCUGUCUGCAGCCCUGGAUCCCUCCGGAUGACGGCUCCUCCAGGAUCCCUACGGCUGAUGGCUCCCCUUGGAUCCCUCCGGCUAACGGCUCCUCCAGGAUUCCUCCGGCUGACGGCUCCUCCAGGAUCCCUCCGGCUGACGACUCCUCCAGGAUCCCUCCGGCUGACGGCCCCCCUUGCAUCUCUCCGGCUGACGGCUCCUCAAGGAUCCCUCCGGCUGACGGUUCCUCCAGGAUCCCUCAGGCUGACGGCUCCUCCUGGAUCCCUCCGGCUGUCGACUCCCCUAGGAUCCCUCCGGCUGACGAAUCCUCCAGGAUCGCUCCGGCUGACGACUCCUCCAGGAUCCCUUCAGCUGACGGCUCCUCCUGGAUCCCUCCGGCUGGGGACUCCUCCUGGAUCCCUCCGGCUGACGGCUCCUCCUGGAUCCCUCCGGCCGACGGCUCCUCCUGGAUCCCUCCGGCUGACGGCUCCUCCUGGAUCCCUCCGGCCGACGGCUCCUCCUGGAUCCCUCCGGCUGACGGCUCCCUCAGCCAGUCGCCUCCUGGAUCAAAGUGCAUCUGCGAGGGCCUGGGCUGUUCUCCCACUAAGGCAGACAAGCUGGACAUGAUGGGCUUCCUCCAGAGAUUGAAGGAGUCUUUACGUCAUUCUGUCAACACAGACUCGUUGGAAUAAAAGGUGUCGGGGGUGCUGAGUGACCCACGAGAACUAGAAGCUUCCUGAAGUCUUCCAUUCACUGAAGAAUAUGCCUCGUCUUUUCAGAUUCACAGUUUUGCGAUGAAAGUUUCUCGUGUGACUCUAGAAGCACUAAAAGCUGCAUGAGAUGCAACGUUCUGAGUCUUUUUUGUAAAAGAAAAAUGUAUAAUCCUAUAGGACUUAAGACAGAAACAAUGGUAACGACAAUAUGAUAGGCUGUUUUUGAAUUAUUAAAAUGUUUAUUUAUAAAGUAAAAUAUCUCAAUAAUGUAAGAAUGAGUUAUUUAAUGAUGUAAUUACACCUGAGGUCACACAGGCUUCAUCAUAUGAAGCACAUUGUUUAUAUUCUAAACAAUACUACUACAAUAACCCUUAGAACAGCGAGACGUGUAUGUUGUUUGUAUGUUCAUAUACUCUAUGAGUCCAAACACAUUGAGGCUGUCGUGCCACAAAGGAGAUUUGGAACAAUAAGCUCUAACCAACUACAGCACACACUUGAGAGAAGGAUGUACCAAUUACCAGAGUACAAUCUCUCAUCAAGACUUCAAAAGGCUUUGGUUUGAUUGGAGCAUCACAAGUGUUUUAUUUGUUGGAAACAGAGCUUAUAUAACUCAUAGUUUUCAGUCACGUGACGCGCAGAGCCUGGAGGGCAAAAAAACACUGUUCCGACAUUCAACUCAAUUCAAUUAAUUUUUAUAUAGCAUCAAAUCAUAGCAGAAGUUAUCACAAGACACUUUUCAUAUAGAGCAGGUCUAGACUGUGCUCUAUAAUCUAGAAACCCAACAAGAGAUCCCCCAUCAGCAUGCACUAGAUGUGACAGUGGCAAGAAAAAAACUCCCCUUUAACGGGUAGAAACCUCGGGCAGAACCUGGAGAGAGAGAGAGAGAGAGAGAGAGAGAGAGAGAGAGACACACAUGCACUAAUGUACCCACCAACUGCCCUCCAAACUACAGAGAGAUUAUUGCCCCUUCACAGGAACAGAGAGAGAGAUGAGGGAGAGGGAGGACAUAAAGACAUAUAGAUGGAAAGUGAAGGAGAGAGAGGACAUAUAGACAUAUAGAUCGAGAGGGAGGUAGAGAGAGAGAGAGAGAGAGAGAGAUGAGGGAGAGGGAGGACAUAUAGACAUACAGACAGAGCCCAGACAGCACUGAGCAAUACUGAAGAGAUUCAGUUAUAACUACAAAUUCAUAGAAUACUUCUACCCCUACUACACAGUACUGCGAUACAGUAUAUAAUAUAUAAUAAUACAGAUAUUAUUAGUGUAGCCUGAUCUUUAUCUGCAACUGUGCAGAAAUAGCGUGUUUAAACAGAAUGAGCAGACAAACAAACAUAAAAAGGUCGAACUAUCUGGUACAGCCUUACUGUAUAACAAUGAUGAAAUAAAUGACCUCUGGGUGAAA